UUUUAAUUUGCGGUCACACUACUUAAAAACAUAAAUAACCUUAAGUACAAUUAUGCGAAAAAAUAAGUAAAUAUUAAUAAACUGUCGUAAAAUUUUCAAAGCAGGGUUCAUAGAUUGUUGAAAGGGGCACUAUCAUAGACUAUACUCUUUUCGCGAUGUCGAAUAAUGUGCAGUCAAAAAGCCAUUAUGAAGCCACAGAGUUACACGCGAGCCAUAUCUACGAGCUACCGUUCAUACGCGCAAGAAAUAUUUACUCUAAAAAGUCGGCACAAGCUGCUACUUCACCCAACGCUGUUGGAAAGAAAGUUAAGAGGCGACACAAUAGCGAAACUUCUAGCGAAGAAGAACGGUGGCUUACUGCCAUAGAAACAGGAAAAAUGGACGAUGUUGAUGAUGAACUGAAGAAAAUAAAAAACCCCAAAUUAAUGACAGCACGUCAACGUGCUAUGUAUGAACGGGCUGAUGGCUUUGUUGAAGAGCUAAUUGCUCUUCCAAGUGGCUAUAAGGAAAAGGAAAAGCCCCAAACGGAGGAGGAAAUUCAAAAGGCUAUACUCAAAUCGGAAAAGCGGAAGCAGCAAGCUAACGCACGGCGAGAAAAAGAUAAACAAAAAACAAUUGAACGCUUGUUAAAAAAACAGGAAACUAACAAGCAUCGGAUGUUGAUGCGUAACAGAAAAUUUCAAAAGUCCUCAAAUCCAAAAAUAACCUAUAUAAGCGCUCUAAAAGGUAAUAUCAUAAUAAUUCCACCAGGGCAAGACUUUCCACAAAUGGCACAAUUACCUCGCGCACCGCCUCUCUCACAGUUAUGCCAUGUUAGCGGAUGUGGAAAUCGCAAAGCUUACACCUGCUCAACCACAAACGUUCCCUUAUGCAGUCUUAUAUGUUAUCGUAAAAACAUUUUACACAGUGUUGUGCAAUAAAUAAAGUAGAUGAAGAGAAUACAAAAAAGUUUUUUAUAUUAAAAAAUAAACGAAAGUUUUUGAACUUCUUGAGCUUGUAAAAUACGUGAGACCGAAAUUUUCCAAUAAGGCUGCUUUCGUUCGGGAUCUCGGUCUCGGGGUUUUAUAAGACACGAAUCGUUGCCUUUCUGACUGCUCCAUAUGAACGAAACCAUUCAUCGCUCAUGUACUGAGCGUCAAUGAGCAAAACAACAAAAGGGCCGAAAUAAAAGGUUGAUGUUUUGCCUCAGGUUUUUAAUGAUAGACAAAACAUUACAGAAAGAGAAAAUGACAGCGAUAGAGCUGUUGUUUCAAGAAGUUACCAACGCACUGAAAGACCCUAUAAUUAAGUUAAUAAAAUGUCGUCGCUUACAAAUUAAA